AUGUCCAGUUUGUUCCAAUUCCGCUCACUUUCUUCAUUCAUUUCCCCCACUUCUGAACCCAAAGAAGUUAUACCAGAAAGUGUGUUAAAACCUACACUUGUUUCACUCGAACCAUCAAAUGAUGCUGAUUUAAUUUCUCAAAUGCUCAUCCAACACCAUAACCCAUUCCACACCAUGGAAUCCUCUCUACAACUCAACGGAAUCAAGAUUUCCCCAAUUCUUGUCCACCAAACGCUAAUUCGUCUCAAAAACAUCUCCAAGAUCGCCUUAGCUUUCUUCUCAUGGGCUAAAGAACAAUCCCACUACUCUCACGACUCCCAUUCUUACAACCUCAUGAUCGACAUAUUAGGUAAAGUUAGACAAUUCGAUGUUGCUUGGCAAUUGAUCAUAGAAAUGGAUCAAAAUGGUGUAAACCCAACUUCCACCACUUUCUAUGUCCUGGUCCGGAGGCUUAUAUCCGCGGGUCUAACCCGCCAAGCUAUCCGUGCAUUUGAUGAUAUGGGUUGUUUUGUGGUAAACGAUACUGAAGAACAACAACAACAACAACAACAACCCGUUCAUGACUUCUAUUUUCUUUUUGAUACCCUUUGUAAAUAUGGCUACCCAAAAGUUGCUACAGAGAUGUUCAACAAAUGGAAAAACUGGAGAUUUGAACCUGAUGCAAAGAUUUACACGAUUCUGAUAUACGGGUGGUGUAAAAUGAACAAACCCAAGAUGGCUGAUAAGUUUUUUAAAGAGAUGGUGAGUAAUGGAAUCGAACCUAAUGUUGUUACUUACAAUGUUUUGUUAAAUGGAAUAUGUCGGAAGUCAAGUUUACACCCUGAAGAUCGAUUCACAAGAACAAUUCAAGCUGCAGAGAAACUGCUCGAUGAAAUGCCACAAAGAGGGGUUGACCCUGAUGUUACUACUUAUUCAAUUAUCCUACAUGUUUAUAGCCGUGCACAUAAGCCAAAUCUCACACUUCAAAAGUUAAAGAUCAUGAAAGAUAAAGGGAUUCAUCCAACUUUAGCAACCUACACAUCUGUUGUAAAGUGUCUUUGUUCAUGUGGGCAUCUUGAAGAUGCUGAGAUUUUGCUUGAUGAAAUGGUGUCCAAUGGGGUUACGCCAUCUGGCACAACGUAUAACUGUUUCUUUAAGGAAUAUAGAGGUAGGAAAGAUAUCGAUGGUGCUUUGAGAUUGUAUAAGAAAAUUAAAAAAGAUUGUGUUUUUUUACACGAUACGCAUACGUAUAACAUACUUAUGGGGAUGUUUAUGGAUUUGAAUCGUUUUGAUCUUGUGAAAGAGAUUUGGGAUGAUAUGAAGGGUAGUGUUUGUGGGCCCGAUUUGGAUUCAUACACUUUGUUGGUUCAUGGAUUGUGUGAAAAGGAAAAGUGGAGAGAUGCGUGUGAAUAUUUUGUUGAAAUGAUUGAAAAAGGGAUUUUGCCACAAAAGGUUACGUUUGAGACGUUGUAUAAAGGGUUGAUACAAUCGGAUAUGUUGAGGACAUGGAGGAGAUUGAAGAAAAAACUUGAUGAUGAGUCGAUUUCAUUUUCUUCAGAAUUUGAAAAGUAUCAUGUUAAACCUUAUAAAAGAUGA